AUGUCGGACCAAGAUAACGUCGAUUUGGAUUCGUUGAAUUAUGUCGUCAAGGCUCCGUAUAACGGCACCGGGCCGACGGGAGGGGAUCCGCUGACCGAGAAUAUGAACAUCUGGUACGAGUCCGGCGAUCUGGGUUGGGUAAUAAUGGCGACGGCUCUCGUCCUGUUGAUGGUCCCUGGUAUUGGAUUCUUCUACUCCGGCCUCGCUAGACGCAAGUCCGCCCUCUCCCUCAUCUGGCUCUCCGUCAUGUCCGUCGCCGUCACCUGCUUCCAGUGGUUCCUCUGGGGCUACUCCCUCACCUUCUCGCACACCGCGGGCCCCUUCAUCGGCAACCUCGAAAACUUCGGCUUCCGCAACGUCCUCGGCGCGCCCUCCGUCGCCUCUGACCGCAUCCCCGACCUCCUCUUCGCCGUCUACCAGGGCAUGUUUUCCGCCGUCACCGUCGCGCUAGCCACGGGCGCCAUCGCCGAGCGCGGUCGCAUGCUCCCCUGCGUCGUCUUCAUGUUCGUCUGGGCUACUGUCAUCUAUGACCCCAUUGCCUGCUGGACGUGGAAUCCCAGCGGUUGGUCGAACAAGAUGGGCGGUCUUGAUUUUGCGGGAGGAACGCCUGUGCAUAUCGCUUCGGGGACGGCGGCCUUGGCGUAUUCCAUGGUCUUGGGGAAGAGGAGGGGGCACGGUACGCACGAGCUCAACUACCGCCCGCACAAUGUGACGCACAUCGUCAUCGGGACGGUUUUCCUCUGGGUCGGGUGGUUUGGUUUCAAUGCCGGUUCGGCGUUGAGCGCUAACAUGAGGGCCAUCAUCGCCACAGCUGUUACGAAUCUUGCUGCUUGUGUGGGUGGAAUUACGUGGUGUGUGCUCGACUACAGGCUUGAGAAGAAGUGGUCGACCGUGGGCUUCUGCUCGGGUAUUAUUGCUGGCCUUGUCUCCAUUACCCCGGGUUCGGGUUAUGUCCCCGUCUGGGCAGCCGUCAUUUUCGGCGUCCUCGGCGGCGGCUUCGCCAACUACGCCACCAAGCUCAAAUUCAUCCUCGGAAUCGACGACGCCCUCGACAUCUUCGCCGUGCACGGCAUAGGCGGUCUCGUCGGCAACAUCUGCACUGCCUUCUUCGCCUCGCGCCAGAUCGCUCACCUCGACAACGUCCAGGUCAUCAAGGGCGGCUGGAUCGACCACCACUGGAUGCAGCUGGCCUACCAGCUCGCCGACUCCUUCGCCGGCGGCGCCUACUCGUUCGUGGGUACCUGCGUCAUCCUCUUGAUCAUGAACUUGAUCCCCGGUCUCCGGCUGCGCGUGGGCGAGGAGGCCGAGAUCUUGGGUAUCGACGAUGCGGAGAUUGGGGAGUUUGCUUAUGAUUAUGUUGAGUUGACGAGGGAGGUGCUGGCGGAUGUGGAGAAUGAAACGGGGAGUGUGAGGUAUUCGGGGGAUGCGGGGACGUUUAGGUCGUUUGAGAAGCAUAAUGCGCCGUUGGUACCGCCGAGGGCGCCGCAGUUUAGGCAUGGGCAGGGGAUGCAUAGAUGA